CGAAAGUUUUAAAUACACCGUAUUGCUCCUUUAAUUAUAGUUUUUCAUAAUUAUUGUUCACUUUAUGGAUCAAAAAAUCAGGCAGGCAGCAUGGAUCCUUUGCCCCAUUCAAAGAUAAGGUUUCCACCCUUUGCUUUCAACAUGCAUGUAGCCUUGUCUGCAAUUUGCCAAGUGUUACAUUACAUAUUACUCUCCUAGUAUGAACUCGAACUUUGAGAAAUUUCAAAAAUAAUUUAUGCUUUUCCACAGUAGACAAGCCAAAAAACAAUUUUCAAUAUUUUCUUCAGCACAAAGUAAUCGCUUUUUUUUCUUCCUAUGUUAUUAUAUUAUACUUCAUAUAUAUACACUAGAAAGUUAUAUAUUCCUUACUUUUUUACUUUUGUCAUAUACCCCACCAUUGUUUAUCUCCUACUCAUACCUUUUUUUUUCUCUUUCUAACUUUUGCUAUUUAUAUGUUACUCCAAAUUUUUUCAUUCUGUGAUUAAAGACCAACAUUAUAUAUUUCCUGUUGUAGCUCCAUUGGGGUCUCUUUCUCAAGUCACACCACAUUCAAGAAAAUGUCCAACAUUAAAAUGACUAGAGGAGCUUCAAAAUUCAUCUUCUUAUUCUUCUUGUUUAUUCUUCUUGCCUGCAUUUCUGGAUUAUCCCCAUCUAAAAGAUUUGAGCAUAAAGAGCUUGAGAGGGAAAAGGAACAAAAAUUCCAUAUUUUCGCGAAACGACUGCUUGAGUUGUUACCCAUCCAUGCGAUUAAACAUGACUGGAUGGAUCCACCAGCGUCUGGAUUUCCUACAACCCCUAUAGUAAAUCCUGUUACAACUCCAACUAAUAUGCCUCCAGAUAACUCGGCUCCAACAGUUGUUACUGUCCCGUCCACAACUCCUAACCCUGUGACUCCAAAUCUUGGGUCUAUACCUCCGGCAGCUCCUUCUACAACCCCUGUGACUAACCCAAAUUCCAAUCCUCCGGUACCAAUAACUAAUCCAGUAACCACCCCCAGCACAAGUACACCUGUAAGUAAUCCUGUAACAACAAAUCCAAACCCCGUAGGUGGUGUUCCUGUAAACACCCCGGUAACGCCUCCUGCAACCACAAAUGCUCCUGCCACUGGAGGGCAGAGCUGGUGUGUCGCAAAGAAUGGAGCUGGACAGACUGCACUUCAGUCGGCACUUGAUUAUGCUUGUGGGAUGGGAGCAGAUUGUUCAGCCAUCCAGCAGGGUGGAAGUUGUUAUAAUCCCAAUAGUCUGCAAGGCCAUGCAUCUUAUGCUUUCAAUAGCUACUUUCAAAAGAAUCCAGCGCAAACAAGCUGUGACUUUGGGGGUGCUGCCAUGAUAACCAAUUCAAACCCAAGCACUGGUUCUUGUGUUUUCCCUGCAUCGGGGUCUUCUACCUCAUCGCCUGCAACACCUACUCCAACAACCACCACGCCAAUGUCUGGAACUCCAGCGCCAACAACAUCCUCGACAACAGGUGCUGCAGUACCAGGGUUAGCACCUCCAACAGUGCCAAAUGGUAACGACUCUGGUUUUGGAACGAUGCCCUCGGGCAUCAGUGAUAGUAUUCCUCCGACUACAACCACCUCACUGUCCAUGUCACACGGUUUUCAACCCUUAGUUGGCUGCAUUAUUCUAGUCGUCUCCAUCGUGACUAGUAAGCUUGUCUUGGAGAUUUGAGGAAAAGAGAAGCUCAAUUCGUCAAGUGCAAAGCUGGAUUUUCGGUUUCAAACUAUGUACAGUUCUGGGGGAGGAAAAAUGGAAGCAGUUAGGAGUAUUAUUCUCAGAGGUUUAGCAUGAUGACACACCUACACACUGCUUUAAUAUAGUUAAAUUAUUCUGCAUACCAGCUACCUAGAUAUGUAAAAUUCAUAUAUUAGUUUUAGUGAGAUUAUCUAUAUGUCUAUCACUUUGAAGUAGUAAUCCUUAUUCAGUAAGUUCAAUAGGUCUGAUGUUCACUGCUAUAUUAUUAUAUAUUUCCUUGCUUAUGAAGGAUCCUAGAUACAAUUGAAUUAAAAGUAUUAUAUAGCAUAGAAAAAUCAGUUUUUUA